AUGGCAAUGGCCGGAUUGUCUACAGCCGGUGUUGGACUUUGGUAUACGAACAAGAAACUCCCCCAGUUAGACAUUGGACUUUGGUACGAUAAGAUUAUGAACAAGAGCCUCCUCCUAUCAGAGAUUGGAUUUUGGUACGAUAAGAUUAUGAAAAGGGUCCUACCUCCGUCAGAGAUUGACUGGGAUGUCGUCCCUGCGGAUUACCGUGUCUCUGAAGUUGAUUGGGUCAAAGCUUGUGUCGUCCCUUCGAAUGACUGGGUCGCUGACGUUGACUGGGUUGAAGCCGGUGUGGUCUCUCCGGUUGUGAGGAAUCAAAGCCAUUGUGGUGAGUGUCUUGGGCAUACUUAUUCUGUGCUGCAAGGCUGUUGUUGGGCGAUGGCUGCUGCAGCCUCAGUUGAAGCUAUGCAUUACCUCAAGACCUCCAAGUCAAUCUCACUAUCUGUUCAAGAGCUCAUCGACUGUGACACAAAGAGCAAAGGGUGUGACGGCGGCCUCAUACAGAAUGCUUUAAGGUAUGUACAAGAAAAUGGGCUCUCAAGUGAACCCCACUACCCAUACAAGGGUGAGAGGAGUAUAUCGGGUUGCAAGCAGAAUAAAGUAGCAGCAACAUCAAGGAUAUCUGGGUUUCGAUUUGUCGGCCCAACCGAGGAUGCUCUAGAGAAAGCGGUAGCUAGGCAGCCUGUGGUUGUCAGUUUGCACUGUUCCGAUGGCCUGAUGAGGUACUACAAAGGAGGCAUCGUGGAUUAUGAACCUGUCAGCGGCAUGACCAACGAGGAACACUAUGUCCUGAUUGUUGGUUAUGGCACCGAUUCCAAUGGCGUCAAAUACUGGCGCUUCAAGAACUCGUGGGGACCAAACUGGGGCGAAGGGGGGUUUGGGAGGAUCCGCAGGCAUGUUAAAGACAAACGAGGAGCGUUGGGUAUUUUCCUGAAACAAGGAGUAUAUCCGGUGCUUAAGGACUGA